UUUACUUUUUAGUAAAAGCACACGUCACUGUAUAUAUGUAAUAAGUACACACGUGAUAUUAUAUUCACACAUCAUAACAUCAAGUUCAUUAAUUGAUACCGGCGUCAACCUGUCAUUAAUUAAUUAACUUAUAUAUUAUAAAUUAAAUAAUAACAAACAUGGAGACUCCUGAUGAAUAUUUUAGGAGUUAUGAAAACCUUGAGGUCCAUGGAUUGAUGUUGAGUGACAAUCCUCGUAUGACAGCUUAUAAAAAUGCUAUUUUAGAUAAAAAAGAUUUAUUUCAUAACAAAAUUGUGAUGGAUGUUGGAGCCGGUACCGGAAUUCUAUCUAUUUUUUGCGCGCAAGCUGGAGCAGCUAAAGUAUACUCAGUAGAAGCAAGUAAAUUAUCAGAACUUAUUGAACAAGUAGUUGAUGAAAAUAAUUACAAAGAAGUUAUUAAAAUAAUUCCUAGUAAACUAGAGGAUAUUAAACUGGAGAUAGAUGAAAAAGUAGACAUUAUAGUUUCUGAGUGGAUGGGCUUUUAUUUAGUUCACGAAGGAAUGUUAGAUACUAUUUUGACAGCUCGUGAUCGGUUUUUAAAAUCAGACGGACUUAUUUUUCCUUGUAUUGCUAAAUUGUACGCUGUACCGUGUCAAGUUCCUUGUUUGUUUGAGUUUUGGGAGAAUAUUUAUGGAGUUAAAAUGACAUGCAUUGGUAAAGCACUGAGAGAACAAAAAUCAUCAAAACCCGAAAUAAUUUUAGUUGAUCCAAAAGACAUAAUCGCUGAAGAAAAAAUCCUCGCGUGGAUUGACUUGAAAACUGCGACUUCAGACGACUUGAAUACUAUUGGUGGCCAGGAUUUAGUAUUUCCGACCACUGAAAACGGCAAAUUCGAGGGAGUUUGCAUUUGGUGGGACGUCGAGUUUCAUGAUGAUCUGAUUUUAUCAACCGCACCUUCCGAACCCCCUACUCACUGGAAGCAAACGCUGAUUACGCUGCCAAAUAAUUGCCAAGUCGAACAAGGAGAGCCGAUCGCGUUUCGUGUCACGCUAAAUCGUGAUAAUGAUAGGCGCAAAUAUAAUUUAGAGUUGGUGGUUUUAAACCCUGAUGAAACUGAUCAUGACUUGCCGUGUAGUUGUCAUUUUACGAAGUGUAUUGUCGCAAGAGAGUAUCUUAAACAUCAUAGUCAAGAAAUAGACACGAAUAAUGGGUUCGAAUAAGUUUCGAAACGCACUUUUCCGUACGAUCACAGAUCUUUUGUUUUAUUAAAUUGCUAUGCUAAUCUUAAUUAUUUCCCUGCUAAAUUUUUUUAUUGUAUUCAUUUAGAUUUUUUUUGUUUAAUUAAUU